AGAAAAUCUCUGUGUCCUAGCAGUUUAAAAGGAAGAUCAACUAUUUUUUGAGUUUUUGACUGGGAAGGGUCCCUUUCAUUGUGGCUGAUCAAGGUUCAUCUAUUCCACGUGGAAACCCUAUGAUCUCAUAUUGGGAAUCUGGCUUUCUCUCUCCAGCCCCCUUGCCCCAGACGCUUCCACCAGAGGCUUUCCCUCCUCCCUACAAUCCCUGGCACCAAAGAAUGUGAACUGAGUCCAUGGAGGGCUCACGUCCUCGCUCCCCGGGCGGCCCCCUAGCCCUGCCAGCCUUCGACGGCGAGCUGGACCUGCAGCGUUACUCCAACGGGCCGGGCGUAAGCGGGGGGCCGGCGGGAAUGGGAGCAGCCGGCUGGCCUGAGAGCCGGGGGAGCGGGCGGCGCUUCCCGUGUCCAGUAUGCGGGAAGCGCUUUCGCUUCAAUUCGAUCCUGGCGCUGCAUCUGCGGGCCCACCCGGGCGCCCAGCCCUUCCAAUGCCCGCACUGCGGUCACCGCACGGCUCAGAGGGCCCUGCUGCGCUUGCACUUGCGCACGCACCAGCCGGAGCGCCCGCGCAGCCCCGCGGCGCGCUUGCUGUUGGAGCUGGAGGAGCGCGCCCUAUUGAGGGAGGCCCGGCUGGGCAGUGCGUCCGGAGUGCCCCUGCAACCCACGCCCUCUGCAGAGCUCCCCGCCACGGCACCGGCUCCGGCUCCGGCCCCAGCCCCGGCCCCAACACUACCUGCCUUCCGUUGUCCCUUCUGCAAAGGCAAGUUCCGCACGGCCGCGGAGCGUGAACGCCACCUGCACAUCCUCCACCGGCCUUGGAAAUGCAACCUGUGCAGCUUCGGGUCCAGCCAGGAGGAGGAGCUGCUGCGCCACAGCCUGACAGCUCAUGGCAAUCCCGAGCGCUCCCUAGCGGCCGCCUCGGCUGCGCCUCAGCCCAUGCCCGUGCCCCUGCCCCCGCCGCAGCCAGAAUCUGAGUCCGCCCCAGAGCUUGAACCCGCGCCCGAGCCGGAGCCUGCCCCAGCUCCAGCCACUGCUCCCGAGGAGCCUCCUGCGCCCCCGGAGUUCCGUUGCCAAGUCUGCGGCCAGAGUUUCACCCAGUCCUGGUUCCUCAAAGGCCACAUGCGCAAGCAUAAGGCUUCCUUCGACCACGCGUGCCCCGUCUGUGGCCGCUGCUUCAAGGAACCCUGGUUCCUCAAAAACCACAUGAAGGUGCACGCUAGCAAGCUGGGGACCCUGCGUGCGCCCGGGCCAGGCUCGGCCCCUCCUCGGGCCCCUCCCCCCGCUGACCUGGGCUUGCUGGCUUACGAGCCCCUGGGCCCUGCGCUGCUGUUGGCCCCAGCGCCACCACAGGGGGAUCGGUCUGAGCCCCCCGGCCUGCUGGGCUACCUGAGCUUGAGAGCUGGGAAAGCCAGGCCCAAUGGGGAGGGCACUGAGACCGGGGGUGCUGGUCGGGGCUUCGGGGGAUUUCGGCCGCUCCCGGCCCGGGACCGCCGUCCCCGUCUGGAGGAGCCAGAUGAAGAGGAGGAGGAUGUGGUGGUGGAAGCAGAGGAGGACAGCUGGACUCGGAGCAGGGCCCUUGGCACGUUGGCUUCACUUCAUAGACGGCCAGGGGAGGGUCCAGGUCAUACUGCCCCUGCUGCAGGGGGCCAACCCCGACCUGCAGCCUCCCAGGAAGAGAACGGGCUGUUGGUAGGGGGAACACGGCCCGAAGGGGGCAGGGGAGCCUCGGGCAAGGACUGCCCCUUCUGUGGGAAAUCCUUCCGUUCUGCACACCACCUCAAAGUGCAUCUGCGGGUGCAUACAGGUGAGCGCCCAUACAAGUGUCCCCAUUGUGAUUACGCGGGUACCCAGUCGGGCUCCCUCAAAUAUCAUCUGCAGCGCCACCAUCGAGAGCAAAGGAGCGGGGCAGGACCAGGGCCGCCCCCGGAGCCGCCACCCCCACCACAGCGGGGUUCAGCUCCAUCCCAAGGAGCUAAAUCCAAUCCUGCGCCUCCAACCUGGGCCGAGGGCGCCAUGGGCUCCCGCCUCCCUUCCAGCGCCACUGCCCCCUCCCGUCGUAAGCCUGUCAGCCCCGGGAGGACCCUGCGCAAUGGGCGAGGAGGCGAAGCUGAGCCUCUGGACCUGUCCCUGCGGGCGGGGACCGGAGGUGAGGCCGGGGCCGGGGGCUCCCUGCACCGCUGCCUCUUCUGUCCUUUUGCCACUGGAGCUCCCGAGCUCAUGGCUUUGCAUCUGCAAGUGCAUCACAGCCGCCGGGCUCGGGGUCGAAGGCCACCCCAAUCCGCCCCUUCCCCUCCCUCUUCGGCUUGCGUCCUGUCAGGGGAGUUGACCCCCAGCCCUCCGCAGGAUGGGGAUGGGAGCCCGGGGCUGUCCCGAUCGGGAGAGGCGGCAGGGGCUGGGGUGGGCGGUCAGGAGCGGUAGGGAGCCCACUUAGGGGUAGGUAGCGUAGAAAGAGCGCUCGCCUUGAGGGAGCGGGAAAUCACUAGAGGUAGUUGGGUAGGGCAGCCAGCAGGGGGCAGCUCGGGACCCACAUCCAGUCCUCAGGCAGGUCUGGGCAGAGCCUGGAGAAGUCAGCCUGGGAUGGGUGGGUUGGAGGGCGUUGUCCACCCUGACCUGGGGAGAGUCACAGUGCCUUAGAGUGGCGGAGGUGGGGGGCAGAGAGCAGAGUCCUAGGGCGGGAAAGGGGGCCGUUAGAGAGGGCCACCCCACCAGUCCUUGCUGGUCCAUAGCCGUGAGAGUUUAUUUUUGUAUGAGGGGGACCGUCCCACCCUCCUCCUGUCCCUAGCAGGGGUCCUGUAGACGUUGCUAUUUUUGGUACGAUCCGGAAGAGCCGGUUUUCCCCAAUAAACAGGUGUCUUAAGGCACUAGGC